UUGUUUCUGUAAGAUCGUAAGAUCUGUGCCCUGUGGCCAGAGGCUCGGAAGUCGGAGGGCUCGGAUCAAGAAGUUCUUGGCUCGGACUUGUCGCCACCUGUUUUUAUUUCUGGUGCGAAAAACCAGGUGCCCAACUGCCCAGGUCUUGGCCCAGGUGGCCUAGUCAGACGCGGCGGGAUAGAUACGACCAGACAAUUCUCAUCGGGAAACAGAAGAAGGACGAAUUUCUUUGGGCAAGCGCAGGAGGUUGCUGGUCUGUUCGAGCAUAUUCGGCACGGCCAAAUGAGCUGUCAUGGAGCACAGCAGGAGUGGCAGGGACGCCGGACAUCAUAAGGUGAACGGCAGCACCAUGGAAAGAUCGACAUAUCGCAACACGGCCUCUAGAACACACGCUCAUCACGGAAAGUCGCACCAACCACGAGGCAUUAAUGGGACGGUGGUGGACGGGUACGGCCCUUUAGACCCCUCUCAGCAGCAGCUCAAAACAGUGGCGGGGGUGCGAGCAGGCUUCUACCCUGCCUACAGCCUCAGCGGCUCGGAGGGUGAAGGUUCGCCAGUGCACCAGAACUCGCGCUCUCUGCGACGCGGCUACCAGCAACAGCAGCACCAGUACCACACUCCCUCGUACGCGGCGCCGCACCUGUCGGGCGCGGGACUCAGCGACACCCCCACUUCGGAGAACGCCUCCGACGCCACCCUCACAGACAGCGAGUUGGCCCUCGCCAGGGACUCAACCCUUCUUGUGCAAAACGGUGGAUUCCUCGACAACAUUCAUCACCCCCCAGAUGUGCCCCCAAGAAAUCAACCUUCGAUGAAUCGCCUCAACGGCCGAAGCACCACUGGCCUUACUGCUUCUGAUAUCAGGGACGGUGACUUUGAACCCUCAUGCCUGGUUCGCACUCCGUCCGGUAACGUGUACAUACCCACAGACAUACCAAAGACGUCACCAAUGGAUUACAAGUCAAACUCGUCUUGUAGCAGCCCCACCAAGGGCGACCACAAGAGCACAGACAGUUACAGGUUGCAAUUCGGCCCGGGCGGCGGAGUGCCCGUCCUGCCGGUGCGGAAUAACCUGCGCAGGCCAAACUCGAGUCACUUCCCGCAGUCGUCGCGGUCGUUCCAAUUCCGCAAGGGACUCGCCAGCAAAUGCUCGUGGAAAUGUACAGCCAUAGUCUUCAUCAUUUUGUGUGUUGUGUUGACUGCAGCUCUCACAUACAUGUUCGCCACCAACCUGCUGAAUUGGUCAUAUCAGAGCGCGGCCGCAUGCACCGUGUUUGUGGGCGACCAGACCUCGGACGCGAGUUACCAGGCCAAGGGCGACAACCGAACUUCGUCCACCAGCAGAUCUCGGCCGGCGGCCGGAGGAGGUAAAGCGUCCGCUGAUUUGUCCCCGUUGCGCGUUCGUAGAUCCGUUGUUGAGCACGUAGACUUGUUGCAUGAGCCCCUAACCACUUUGCAUGACGAGUAUGACCUCCAAGAGGAGGGCAGUGGCGCCGAGACGGUGCCCUUCGAGAGCGUGGCGCCGCCGCAGCCGCUCGUCUCGGCCGCCACGCACCACCAGCAGCACGCCGCCGUGCUUGCCGUGGAGGACGCCAUGACCCAGAAGCAGCUGGACGCCGAGUUGGGCAGCGGCUUCAUCCUGCACACAACCGAGAGCGCCAGCCCGGACGAAAACCGGCUGGACAACCGAGUGCUGCCGCAUGCAAAUCUAACCCUGAGUGUGGCCGACGCCGCUAACACAACUUCUUCCACCUUUGCUUCCUCGGCCGAGCGCCCUCAGCACGCCAAACGUGUGCUUGUGAAUGUGACGAUCGCCACUGAGGACGAUGAGAACGCUGAGCCGGAGCAUUUGUACGUCUUGUCUGUCGCUGUCCCGUCCGCCUCCACCCCUAAUCACACCCUGGACGCCUCCGCUAUGCAGCAUGCUACUGUGACUAGCAGCCUGUCUAACCCCACUUUGAAGCCGCAGUGUCAGUGCAACUGCCCUUGUUUAGAAAGCACCCCUGACGAGUGGUCGAGCACCACCCCGUUGUUGGAGUUGCUAACUUCUUCUUCGGCCGCCCCUGACAACUUUUCGUCCGAGGGCACAACUUUUGAGGAGGUGGAGGCGACGACGGUCGAGAGCACCACGAUUGAGGAAGAAACGACCAUAAUCACUGAAAGCAGCGUCGAGAUCGAGAGCUCGACCAGCACCCCCAUUGUAACUUGCCCCACGCCGCCGCCACCUGUGGUUCUCAUCCUCGAAGGAGGAAAAACCUUCCCGGCACGGACAUUCCCCCCAGACGGCACUACUUUCUCUCAAAUAUCACUAGGCCAGAAAUUGUCCCAGACCAUUCCUCAAUACGGCUACUGGAACAUGCAGUUCUACCAGUCUGAGGCUGCAUACAUCAAGUUUGAUUACAACAUCCCCAGGGGCGCCAGCAUAGGCGUCUAUGCCCGGCGCAACGCUCUGCCUACUCACACGCAAUACGACUUCAUUGAAGUGCUCAGUGGAUUCAAAGCAAGAACCACCCGAGCCUCAGCAACGAAUGUCAAGAAAGAGGUUACUCACUACAUGGAGCAAGGCCACUGGUUCCUGUCACUUUACAACGAUGACGGCGACCCACAGGAUAUCUCUUUCAUUGCCGCCGUCGCUGAGGACAUGACUGAGAGCUGUCCAAAUGGGUGCAGUGGAAAAGGCGAGUGCCUCCUAGGACACUGCAAGUGCAACCCCGGCUUUGGAGGAGAAGACUGCAGUGAUAGUGUUUGUCCGGUCCUGUGUAGUCAAAGGGGUGAAUACAUUAAUGGGGAGUGUCAAUGCAACCCUGGUUGGAAAGGGAAGGAGUGCAGUCUUAGGCAUGACGAGUGCGAAGUGCCUGAUUGCAACGGUCACGGCCACUGCACUAAUGGCAAGUGCGAGUGUGUUCGUGGCUUCAAAGGCAAAUUCUGCGAGGAAGUUGAUUGUCCGCAUCCUACUUGUUCUGGCCACGGUUUUUGUGUCGAGGGCGCUUGCAUUUGCAAGAAGGGUUGGAAAGGCGCUGACUGUAGCACCACUGAUGAUGAUGCCAUUAUGUGCCUCCCAGACUGUAACGGCCAUGGCAAAUUUGAUUUGGAGGCGCAGAAGUGCACUUGUGAUGCGCCUUGGAUUGGAGACGAUUGCUCUAAAGAAAUGUGUGACCUGGACUGCGGACCUCAUGGCCAUUGCGAAGGUGACGCUUGUGCCUGUGAUCCAGGUUGGGCUGGAGACUACUGUGGACUCAAGCAGUGUGACCCAAGAUGCUCCGACCAUGGCCAAUGCAAAAACGGAACCUGCUUGUGUGUCACUGGUUGGAAUGGUCGGCACUGCACUCUGGAGGGUUGUCCGAGUGGCUGCACAAGUCACGGUCAGUGCAAAGUUAACCCUGACGGCGACUGGGAGUGCAAGUGCUAUGAUGGCUGGGAUGGCGCCGACUGCAGUGUCGCUCUUGAGAGCAAUUGCAAUGAUGGAAAGGACAAUGACAAAGAUGGCUUAGUUGACUGCGAAGAUCCCGAGUGCUGCUCAAACCACAUUUGCCGCUCAAAUCAGCUUUGCGUCUCCGCUCCAAAGCCCAUUGACAUCCUCCUGAGGAAGCAGCCGCCCGCGAUCACUGCAUCAUUCUUUGAAAGAAUGAAAUUCCUCAUUGAAGAGGGCAGUCUGCAAAACUAUGCCAAACAAGAGUCGUUCAACGAAAGUGUCUUUUGGAAUCACUUCAACACAAGCCGAACUGCUGUAAUCCGCGGAAGAGUAGUGACUUCUUCAGGAAUGGGCCUGAUAGGCGUCAGGGUCAGUACCAGUCUGCAUUUGGAAGGUUUUACUUUGACCCGAGAAGAUGGCUGGUUUGACCUUUUGGUAAACGGUGGCGGUGCAGUUACUCUGCAAUUCGGAAGGAGCCCAUUCCGGCCCCAAACUCAAAUUGUGAAUGUGCCAUGGAAUGAGGUUGUGAUCAUCAACAUUGUGAAAAUGGGAAUGGCAGAAGACAAAGCGAUUGCUCCGUUGCCACAGUCAUGUGAUGACCAUGACUACGACCUAAUGAAGCCUGUUGUCCUUGCUACCUGGAAGCAUGGCUUCCAAGGCGCCUGCCCUGACAAGAGUGCCAUCCUUGCCGAAUCACAGGUGGUUCAGGACAGCCUUCAAAUCCCUGGAACUGGACUGAAUUUGGUGUACCACAGCUCAAGGGCAUCUGGCUACCUCUCGACCAUCCAACUGCAGCUCACACCAAGCAAGGUGCCAACAUCUCUCAAGCUUGUCCAUUUGAGAAUCACAAUCGAAGGCAUCUUGUUCGAAAAGACUUUUGAAGCUGACCCUGAUAUAAAAUUCACCUACUCCUGGAACAGACUAAAUGUCUACCGGCAAAGAGUUUACGGAGUCACCACCGCCAUGGUCAAAGUUGGAUAUGAGUACAAUGACUGUCGGGAUAUCAUUUGGGACGUGCAGACUACGAAGCUCAGCGGCCACGACAUGAGCAUUUCUGAAGUUGGUGGUUGGAACCUGGAUAUCCAUCACAGGUACAACUUCCACGAGGGAAUCCUGCAAAAGGGUGACGGCUCAAACAUUUACCUGAAGCACAAGCCAAGAGUAAUUUUGACUACGAUGGGCAAUGGCCACCAGAGGGCCCUUGAUUGCACUGACUGCGAAGGCCCUGCCUCCAAGCAGAGACUUUUGGCCCCUGUGGCACUGGCCUAUGCUCCUGAUGGCUCAAUAUUUGUCGGCGAUUUUAACCUGAUCAGGCGCAUUAUGAUUGAUGGCACUGUUCGGACAGUUGUUCGUCUCAACGCCACCAGAGUUUCAUACAGAUAUCACCUGGCGCUGAGUCCUAUGGACAAUACUCUGUACAUAUCAGACCCCGAGUCACACCAAAUCAUAAAGGUACGCAACAUUGACGACUUCAGCGACCCUGACAGAAACUGGGAGACUGCAGUUGGCAGUGGUGAACGGUGCUUGCCAGGGGACGAGGCCCACUGCGGAGACGGCGCUCUAGCUAGAGACGCAAAGUUGGCUUAUCCGAAGGGAGUUGCUGUUUCGGCUGACAACGUGAUUUACUUUGCUGACGGAACCAACAUCAGGAUGGUGGACAGAGAUGGAAUUGUGACCACGGUCAUCGGCAAUCACAUGCACAAAUCUCACUGGAAGCCAAUUCCCUGCAAGGGCACUUUGAAAGUGGAGGAGGUGCAUCUAAGGUGGCCAACCGAGCUGACCAUAAACCCACUGGACAACACCCUGCACAUUAUUGACGACCACAUGAUCCUCCAGUUGACUCUUGAUGGCAGAGUAAAAGUUGUUGCAGGAAGACCUCUGCACUGCAACUCACCCUCGAGAGGGCACAAUUCAGACCUGGCCACCGGAGCAACUUUAGUCAUGCCGCAGAGCAUUGCUUUUGCACCAAAUGGAGACCUCUACGUGGCUGAAAGUGACUCGCAGAGAAUUAACAGAGUCAGGGUCAUUGGUACGGAUGGAAAAAUUCAGCACUUUGCAGGCGCCGAGUCCAAAUGCAACUGCCUGGACCGAGGCUGCGGUUGUUUCGACGAAGACCAUUUCCUUGCUGCCACCUCCAAGUUCAACACCAUUUCGUCCAUUACGGUCACUCCUGACGGAAUCCUGCACAUCAGCGACCAGGCAAAUUAUCGCAUCAGAUCAGUGACCGCCAGCCUGCCCGAAGCAAACGCAAGUCGCGAAUAUGAAAUUUAUUCACCAGAGACGCAGGAGAUUUAUAUUUUCAACCGAUUUGGUCAGCACACUUCAACAAAGAACAUUUUGACAGGCGAGACCAUCUACCUCUUUGCUUACAAUGUGAACACGAGCAAUGGAAAACUGAGCACAGUCACAGACGCGGCAGGAAACAAAGUCUUCUUGCUCAGAGACUACGCCAGCAAUGUUAACUCGAUCGAGAACACCAAGGGCCAGAAGUGCCGCCUUCGCAUGUCCAGAAUGAGGAUGCUGCAGGAACUGGGCACUCCAGACAACUACAAUGUGACCUUUGACUAUCAUGGAUCCACAGGUCUGCUGAAAACCAAACUGGACAGCACAGGACGCAGCUACGUCUACAAUUAUGACAUAUUUGGCCGUCUCACUUCAGCUGUCACUCCAACUGGACAAGUCAUUGCUCUUUCCUUUGACCUAAGCACAAUUGGCGCCACGGUUAAGGUCAAGCAAGGUGACCUCAAACCCGUUUCCUUGCUGAUUGCUGGGCCAAGCGUUUCUAAAAAGUUUGGUGAGUCUGAGACUCACAUCACCACCCUCUUGGCUGACGGAAGUGUGACCAGCGAGACACCCUGGAAACACAAGAUCAGCACCGAAACCACAGCUUACACGGUUUUGUCAGAUAUUGACCCAGUUUUGGGCGAGAGUUUCCCCGUUCCUGCCAAGCAGAAGACUGAAAUCGACGGAGAUUUGGCCAACAGAUUUGAGUGGCGCUAUUUCUUGAGAAGAGAGGGCAAGGGCAAGAACAAAGCUAUCGGUCAGAUUGGAAGGAAGCUCAGAGUAAACGGCGAGAAUCUGCUCACAUUGGAGUAUGACCGAGGGACUGGCACCGUUGCUGUUUUCAUGGACGAUCGAGUGGAGCUCCUCAAUAUCACUUAUGAUAGACUAGCACGCCCUGUUAAAUGGGGUCCCAGCCGCAAUGGAGUGUUUGAUGGAGUUGAGCUUGAAUACGAUCGAUUCAGCAGACUGUCAAGCUGGAAACGGGGCGAUCUGUCUGAAACUUAUGGCUUUGACAGAGCUGGGCGCCUAUUUGAGAUUCGCUAUGGUGAUGGCACUGCUAUUACCUAUUCUUUCAAGGAUAUGUUCAGCAGCCUGCCCUUGAAAGUAACAACGCCAAGAGGUAGUGACUACUUCCUGCAGUAUGACGAGGGAGGCGCCUUGCAGUCGCUCACCACACCCAGAGGCCACAUCCACUCCUUCGCCCUGCAGACGUCACUCGGCUUCUUCAAAUAUCAGUACUUCUCGCCAAUGAACCGCCACCCGUACGAAAUCCUCUACAAUGACAACAGUCAAAUUUUGGCAAAGAUCUACCCACACCAAGCAGGCAAGGUUGUCUACGCCUACGAUGACACUGGCAAGUUGGAGAACAUCCUGGCCGGCCUGUCGUCCACUCAAUACGCCUACCAAGACACCACUGGACUGGUCAAAUCAGCCACUGUGACCGAGCCUGGCUACGAGCUGAAGCAAGAAUACCGCCACCACGCUGGCAUUCUCAAAGAGGAGCGCCUCAAGUUUGGCGGUGGAAAGAAUGACCUGGCCAAUGCGCACUUCAAAUACCAGUAUGACGGCAACGCUCGAGUCUCGAGCAUCGAGGCCGAGAUCAAUGGAAAGGACCUGCCGCCCUUGAAGCUCAAGUACAACCAAAACCUUGGCAUGCUGGAGGGCGUGAGCGACCUGAGAAUAUACAAGAACACAUUCAACAAGUCGGUGACGCAGGACACAAGCAAGCAAUUCUUCACCAUCACGGAAUGGGACUCGCACGGCCGUCUUAAGUACUUCCUGAUCAACAUCAAGCAUGUUGAUGUUUACAGGUUGGAACUGGAAUAUGACAAGCGCAGUCGAAUCAGCGGCCAAAAGGUGACCAUUGGCCGACGAAACUUGGCAGAUAAAUUCGAGUACAACAGCGACGGACACCUUCUCGAAGUGGCGGGUGACAGCAACUGGAAGUUUGUCUAUGAUGAGAACGGUAACGUGAUUGGCGCCAUUGAUAACGGAAACAAAAUCUCGCUUGGCUAUGACAGCGGCGACCGCGUGGUUCAAUUUGGAGAUGUCGAAUUCUGCAGCUACGACGGACGUGGUUUCGUGGUGCGUCGAGGUGAGCAGAAGUACCGAUACACCUCGCGCGGCUUCCUGGUGCACGCCGUUGAAAAGGGCAAGUUCCAAACCUGGUACCAUUAUGACGAACGCGGCCGACUUCUUGCCGUGCGCGACGACAAGGGCGACGUGACCCAGUUCUUCUAUGCCAACCCGAGUGCCGAGGACCUGGUCACGCACGUGCACUUCCCCAAGACGAGCAAAACCACCAGACUUUUGUACGAUGAGCGGCAAGUGUUGAUCGCCGUCGAGACCGACAAGCGUUACUACGUGGCCACGGACCAAAACGGCUCUCCUGUGGCCGUUUUCGACACGGCCGGCAAUCUGGUCAAACAGAUCACUCGCACGCCUUUCGGCAAAGUCAUCAAAGACACCAAACCUGACUUCUUCCUGCCCGUUGACUUCCACGGAGGCAUUCUUGACGCCAAGACUGGAUUGGUGUACAUCAGACGACGCCUGUACGACCCAGUCAUCGGCCAGUGGAUGACCCCGGCCUGGGAGGAUUUGGCAAACAAGCUGACAACGCCAACUGACGUGUUCAUCUACAGAUUCAACAAUAAUGACCCCACUAACGGCGGAACGCCUUUGAGAUACAUGACUGAUUUGGCCAGUUGGCUGCAACUGUACGGCUACGACGUCUCGCUCAUGAUGGGCUCUGCCUAUUCCUCCCGCUCCGUCUACAGGCCAACCGCGAUGGUGACUUCGUCGCAACUGAUGCCGCAAUUCGGCGUCAUCUCUGGUCUGCAAUGCAUUGCCGAAAAGAUCAACGAGCAGUUCCAGGAGCUCGGUUUCAUUCCCAAACCUCUGCUCAAAUUGGAGCCCAAGACGCGAAACCUGCUGCCGCGCGUUGCGUCUCGCAAGGGCGUUUUCGGCGAAGGCCUCAUGAUCUCUCGUGUCGGCGGCCGCGCCCUGGUGAGCAUCGUCGAGGGCGUCAACGGACCCAUCCAGGACGUCGUCUCGUCUGUGUUCAACAACUCGCACCUGCUGGACGUGCGGCUGAGCAACCACGACCAAGCAGUGUUUUAUUUCGUCAAAGACAACGCGCUGAAGAUGCGCGACGACCAGGAGGAGCUGCGCCGACUGGGCGGCCUCUUCAACGUCUCCACGCACGAAGUCGAGCACGGCGGCAGUCCCGAGCUGCGCGUCCACAACGCCGACGCCGCCAUUUACAUUCGGUACGGCGCCGAUCCGGCCCAGGAGAGGCACAGGGUGCUCAGACACGCCCACAAGAGGGCCGUCGAGCACGCCUGGGAGACUGAAAAGCAGCUGUUGAGCCUCGGCUUCCCCGGACGCAUCGACUGGACCGAGGAGGAGCGAUCCGAGCUGCUGAGCCACGGCUCGGUGGACGGCUACGAAGGCGUCGAGGCGCACAGCAUCCACAAGUACCCGCAACUGGCCGACGACCCAUCCAACGUCAUCUUCCAGAGGGAGGCCGGCGGCAAGCGCAAGCGACGCAAGAGCAGACGCUCGCGUUCGCACCACGACGCGUGAGCCGCCGGAAGAAAUUCAAAGAAAGAAAAGUGAUACUCUAGUUAGAGCUUAAACGGACGCUCACGGUUUUUCAAGAGUUUUCAGUGAGACUUUUUCUAACGAUCGACGGUGGAGACGUGCGCGCGACCCGAGAAGCCGCUCUUCCUACUUCUCUGCACGUGAAACAGGGUAGACACCAUUGCUACUUGUGGACUUUGUAAAAGACUGCAAUUCCGUUGAUACACGCAUGUUCGGUAUCUUGUCUCGGCGCCGGGCCAAGUGUGCGGCCGGCACCGCGUGAGCGAACUCUCUUGUCUCUCUCACACACGCACGACGGAUGGAAAAUAUCUUCUGCAUCUUUUUUGUAUCUGUGAUUUUACGAAAACUGAACUGUAAAAAAAAAGCAAAAUGUACGCGAUUUUUAUUAUUUUUUAAAAGUGUUUAAUGCUCUAUCUAUUUCUCAAAGUCAGCAUUUUUUUACUUAGAAAGAUUAUUGGGUUACGUUUGUUCUGUAUUUUGCGUUUCUUGGCUGUAACUUUUGCUUCGGGAUAAAAACGAAAGGAACGUGAUGUUCCACAAAAAUAUGAAUCAUGCGGAUUUAGGAUGUUAGUACAUCAAUCUCACACGCUCUCUUUUAUUGGAAUCUCGAAACUAGAACGGUGUAGACUUUCAUCUCUCAGAAUUUCCGAUUGCGCGCAGAUUUAAGAAGAAAAAAGAUGAUAAACGCAUUGUUUGUUGCGAAUAAUCGGAACCUUGAUAGUCCCCCCAAAGGCACUUAGACCGAAAUGCUAGUUGCAUUGAUUAACAAAAAGCAUUGGAGAAAUGGCGCGAUCGAUGAAAAUCAAACUAAUGUACGGAUAACUCAAGAUUUUAAUUAUUGUUUUCACCUUUUCAAAGUAUAAUGAUAUUUUUUCUCGGGGGAUCUGAUGAUGAUUAUUACAAAUGAGACUGCAUGAUUUGUAUAAGAAAUGUCAAAAGAGUGAAAAUAUCUCUAAUUUUCUCGUGAGGGGGUCUUUGAUUACUGGUGAGAGCCAAACGAGCAAUACUUGUGUAAAGAUAUUAUAAUUAUUGUGUCAUGUAACAAGAGGUAAAAACACACUCCGUGUAUUUAGUGAGCAAAUGAAAUCAUUUUUGUCUCAAGACAGUGAACAACUGAAAAAAAAAUAUAUGAAAAUAAUAGUGGUGCCAAUUGUGGCAUAAAAUUCCUUCCCUAUAAUGAACGUAAUAAUUUAUUUGAGACGCGCCACGAUGAUGUGUA